AUGACAUUUACGAAACCUACCAUUUCUUCUGCCGGCAGUGUCAAGCCCUGGAUCCAAAAGUUCACCAACACUCCGCGCGACGCAUUUUUCGAUCAGUUCGUCGAUUCGCACGAUGCAAGAUUUGUCGAAAUAAUUGAAGGACCACAUGAGAGUGAGAUUAAAUACAGCGAGGUUCCCCUCGACUCCAACAACCCCAAAUCCGAGCCAGAUCUUUCUAAAGUAUUUGAGCUCCCACAGCAAGACGGUUCAAAAGGCAUUCUCAGAUUAAUUUAUUUGCGUUUGUCUAAUCCUUCCAGAAUUUUACCUUUCAAUACUGAAAACAACAAUGCCCCGCCUCUGUCGUGGAAAGGAUUUAGGGAGUACCUCGACUUGCUGCACCUGGAAAAUACCUUUAUCUGCACUGAACAGAUGCAGACGCCCCCUACCUGGUUCGAAGUUCCCUUACAAGCAGGCCUAAAAGGCUUCGUUGUAAAACCAGAGAGAUGGGACUCAAACCUCGCCAACUUCAGCAUCUCUGUUGUCCACUCCCCAGCCUCAAGAGUUACGCACGUCGUAGCUCACAUGUUGCACAAGACUGACACCAAACACCUGCUACUUCGUCUACAAGCUCUCAAAGCCCUUGCCUGGCACCCUCUUCUCGUGCCACUCAUCCUGAUGGAGCAGAGGAUAGAAGGUACUGCAGAGAAACUCACCCUCAUGAGAGAUUCUCUCUACUCGGUAGAGAAGCGAACUGGAACUCACAAAAACUACCGUAAUGAUAAAUAUCAUGAAGAACUCAAUCACUAUGCUUACGGCGACAGGGUUUGGGAGCAGCGCCACGAGCAGGAUGUUGACUUUGAAGCUGCCCCAGGAAAGAUCACUUCUAUUGCUUCGGAUUGUGCUAUGACCGAGGCCAAAUGUCAAGUCAAUGAGAGUUUACUCGACUGGCUACACGAGCUAAAUGAUAGUCUUGCUAAGCCCAAUACUGAUGAUGGUUCUUGGGAGAGAGCAGCGCCCUCAAUCAGGAUGAAGAUCGCGGCCUUCAAAACGUGGUCAGGCAACAAUCGAUCCCGAAGUAUGUAUCUCGCCAAGCGAGCAGAGGCGCAGAUGCAAGCGUGUCUCAAUCUAAUGGCACAGCGCGAUAGUGCUUUGAACCUCCAAAAGACCGAAGCAGCACUCCGAGACAGCUCCGAUAUGAGAGCGAUAGCAUGGGUCACCCUCGCAUUUCUGCCAGCGACGUUUGUGGCGACUUUCUUUAGUACUUCUUUCUUCAGCUUUGAGCAGUCCGGUCGGCGUGUGUCGAACUGGAUCUGGCUCUAUUGUGUUGUAACUGGCGUAUUCACCGUUGGUGUUCAUCUGGGUUGGGCGCUGUGGAUAAGGAAGGAGAGAAGAGUUUGA